AUGGCAGAUUCUGGCCUCGAUCUCCAUCUGAACGACACCGUGGGGUGCAUAUUCAUCGGGAUACUGUUUGAGACUAUCUUGUAUGGGCUCUCCUUGGCACAGACUCAGUACUACUUCCAUGAAUAUCCUUCUGACCGUCUCCACAUACAAAUCCUGGUGGCCUUCGUGUGGUAUGACCGCAACUCUUUUAUUUGGGAUAUCCUAGUUACGAAUCAUGCAAACCUCAAUGCGUUCACGCAAUUCACGAACCCGUUCAUCACGGAAUUCUUCCUCGCGUCUCUCAUUGUCUUGAUCGUUCAAUUGUACUAUGUCUACUCCGUCUGGCGCUUUAUGAUCCACAAAUGGCACCGUUUCCCAUUGGCUGUGACGAUGGGGACACUCGCCCUACUCUCCUUCAGCGGUGGUGUGGGUUCCUUCUUCGCCUCCACACCAUUCGUUUUACCAAAGUUUCGGUCCCUUCACCUCAGCACGGUCAAUCCCGACCUGGCCGCGAGCCUUGAUCGCGCCGAGGUCGCGGCAUCGAUUCAGACCGUCACUGCCUUUGUCACAGAUGUAUACAUUGCUGCGGCUCUGUCCAUCAUCUUGCACGGCAAGCGGACAGGGUUUUCUGGGACGGACUCGCUCAUCACUAAACUCGUUGCGGCUGCAAUACACAGGGGCAUCAUUACUGCCCUCAUGCAGCUUCUGCACUUCGCGACGUACAUCGGAACUCUCAACGACGGCCCUAACAAACUCAUUUGGGCGCUGUUCCACUUUCCGGGAAGCAAGAUCUACACCAACUCGCUUCUCGCUGUGUGA